AUGGAAAUAGUGAGUUUCUCUUCAAUGCAAACCAUAAAAUAUCAAGAAAAUCAUCAAAAUUCCAGAUAAAUUACAGUCCAGCGCCACACAAACCGUGCAUAAUUCUAAAAUGGCCAAAUGUGAGGAUUUUGCUCGAUUGCCCCUUGGACAUCACCCCAUUCUUCUCCUAUCUACCACAUGUUUAUCAAAGUGCAAGAUUGAAAAAUGCGCCGCCUUCGAGACGAUUCAACAAUCUCCAUUAUCUCAAAGAUAUCAAUAAUCGGAUUCUGGUUGAAGGUGUUCCCGAAAUUCACCACGUUUCAACAGAUGCUCUUCAAAUGAGCGCAAUUGACGCGAUUUUGGUGUCGAAUUUCGAUUCGCUGAUUGCUUUACCGUUUUAUACAGAGGGGACAGGAUUUCGGGGCAAGGUUUUUAUGACUGAUAUUGGAGUGCAGUUGGGAAGAUUGUUGAUGGAAGAAAUGAUUGAGUAUUUUGAGCGAAUUGAUUUUGGAACCAUUGAUGAGGGAUGGAAAUUGGAGGAGAUUUGCACGUGAGUCGAAUUUUCGGGGGAAAAUUCUGGAAAUUUUGAAGAAAAAUGAGAAUUUUUGUGAAAAAAUCAAUAAAUUCUAAGCUUUGAGCCUAAAUUUGGCUCAAAAAGCCCGAUUUUAGGGCCAAAAACACGUGGUAUUCGAGCCUGAAAUGUCGUGGUUUUAUUGCCUAGAAAAUCCGAAAUUUUUGGGCCAUCUUAGGCUUUAAAAUACCAAGAUUCCAGGCCCAAUUUAGGCUCGAAAAAUCCCGAAUUUCUAGGCCUAAAAAUCUGGGCUUGUUUGGGAUCAAAAAGCCUGAUUUCCAGGCCCUAUUCAGGCCUAAAAAAUCGCAAAUUUCCAGGCUACAUUUAGACUUGAAAAAUCCCGAAUUUCUAGGCCUAAAAAUCUGGUCUUUUUUGGGCUCAAAAAGCCCGAUUUCAGACCGUAAUUAGGCCUGGAAAAUCUUGAAUUUCCGGGCCAGUUUCAGGCUCAAAAUAUACCUGAAAAUCUGGGCUUGUUUGGGCCCAAAAAGCCUGAUUUCCAGGCUACAUUUAGGCUUGAAAAAUCCCGAAUUUCUAGGCCUAAAAAUCUGGGCUUUUUGGGCUCAAAAAAUCCGAAAUUCCCGGCCCAAUUUCCAGGCCAAAACUAGGCUUAUCUAGUCUCAAAAAACGCCCAAUUUUCUAGGCUUUUCAGGACCCUAAAUAUCCCAAGUUUCCGGGCCGAAAACUACAGUAACCAGAGCAUAUUUAGGCUCAAAAUACGUGGAUUUUUAGGGCCUAAAAUUUACAGUGACCCCUGGGCCGAUUUUAGACUCAAAAUAUAUGGAUUGCGGGCCUAAAAAUCCGGGCUUGUUUGGGGCCAGAAAGCCUGAUAUCCAGGCCAAGUCUAGGCUCAAAAAAUCCCAAUUUUUUUCCAGAAAAUUCCCCAACCCCCCAUUCACCAACCCAACAGAAUGGCGAAAAUUCUACACCCAUCAAGAAAUGUCUGCGGCUCUCUCCAAAAUCAACACUCUCUCCUUCAACCAGACCAUCGACGUGCUCCGUGUGCAAAUCACCGCAAUCUCAAGUGCUCACAAUCUGGGCUCCGCAAAUUGGACCAUUCGAACUGAAAAUGAGAGAAUCGGAUAUUUGACUGCCAGUUCAGAGACGCAUACGAAUUCGAAGAAAAUCGAGAAAUCUGAAUUCAGAACUUGCGACACUAUGAUUGUGACAAAUCUCAAAAGAAUUAUCGAUUAUUCACCGCAAGCCAUGGGACAAGCACUUUUACAAACUCUCACUGAAACCUUGAAAAAAGGCGGGAAUUGUCUGAUUCCAAUGAGCCCGAUUGGCCCGAUUUACGAGAUUUUGGAGGCUGUAUCAGCUGCUAUUGAUAAUACAAAUGGGAUUCCUAUUGAUACGCCCAUUUAUUUUAUUUCACCAAUUGCUAAGAAGAGUUUGGCUGUGGCUAGUAUUAGUGCGGAAUGGAUGAGUGAAACGAGAAGGGAUGCUGUUAUGAGACCCGAGGAACCUUUUAAUCAUAUGAAUGUGAGGGUUUUUGGGGGAAAUUUAUGAAAUUUGCUCAUUUUUGAGCUUGAAAACAUGAAAAUUGCUCAUUUUUGAGCUAAAAACCUGAAAAUCAAUAAAUUUUGAACCUGGGACCAUCUAAAGCUUGGAAUCUGUGAUUUUUGAGCUCCAGAAGGCUUUGGGAGGUUUCUAGACCUGAAUUUAAUGAAAAUUUUCAUUUUUUGAGCUAAAAACUUGAAUUUGUAUGAAUUUUGAGUUGAAAUUGAUGAAUUUAGCUAGAAAACUUUAAAAAAUGCUUAUUUUUGAGCUAGACAACCUGAAAAUAGCUCAUUUUGAUCUAAAUUGCUCAAUUUUGAGCUAGAAAACAUGAAAAUUGCUACUUUCAAGACAAAUGAUGAAUUCAAUGCUAGAAAACAUGAAAAUUGCUCAUUUUUGAGCUAGAAAACAUGAAUUUUGAGCUAGAAAACCCAAAAAUUGCUCAUUUUUGAGCUGGAAAACCUAAAAGUCAAUAAAUUUUGAACCUGGGACCAUCUAAAGCCUGAAAUCUAUGAUUUUUGAGCUCUAGAAGGCUUCAGGAGAUUUCUAGACCUAAGAUUCAUGCUCAAUUUUUGAAAAUGCUCAUUUUUGAGCCAGAAAAUCCAAAAAUUGCUCAUUUUCAGCUAUGAACUCACAUUUUACCUUUUUCCAAAAAUUGAAAAAUUAAUUUAGUUCACGUUCGAUUUUUAAAAUUUCAAAAUUUAUCGAUUUUUGCUCUCACAUGAUUUUUUUUGUUUGUUUGUUUACCAAAAGCUCAUUUUUUGUUCAAAAAUUGACCAAAAAUUCCAUUUUUUAUCAAUUUUUCAUCAAAAAUCCCAUUUUUCCAGCUCAUCAAAGCAAAUCGUCUUCGAAUCUACGAUUCCCUUUAUGGCGCCUUCUCAAAAGAAUAUAAAAGCCCGUGUAUCAUGUUCACUGGACAUUCUUCUUUAAGAAUUGGAGAUGCUGCACAUAUGAUUGAAGUUUGGGGAAAUGAUCCGAAAAAUUCGGUGAUUUUGACCGGUAAGAUCUGAAAUUCGCAAUUUUCCAGCUGAAAUUCAUGAAAAAUCGAGAUUUUCAACCAAAAAUGCUUCUUUUAGAGGUGUUUUUGCUUGAAAGUUGGGAUUUUUGAUGAAUUUCGGCUGAAAAUGCUGAAAAUCAUCUGGAAUUCAUGAAAAAUCGAGAUUUUCAACCAAAAAUCCUUCUUUUAGAGGUGUUUUUGCUUGAAAGUUGGGAUUUUUGAUGAAUUUUGGCUGAAAAUGCUGAAAAUUAACUGGAAUUCAUGAAAAUUCGAAAUUUUCAACCAAAAAUCCUUCUUUUAGAGGUGUUAUUGCUUGAAAGUUGGGAUUUUUGAUGAAUUUUGGCUGAAAAUGCUGAAAACUAUCUGGAAUUCAUGAAAAAUCGAGAUUUUCAACCAAAAAAUGCUUCUUUUACAGGUGUUUUUGCUUGAAAGUUGGGAUUUUUGAUGAAUUUUGGCUGAAAAAAUUUUAAAUUUUGAAAUUCGUCUGAAAAUCAUAGAAAACCUCAAUUUCCAGCCAGAAACUCCAGGAUUUCUGGCUGAAAAUUGAGGCUUCCUAUGAUUUUCAGAGGAAUUUCAGCGGAGAUGCGGAAGCUAUGCCCAAAAUCUUCUGAAAUUUUCAGAUUUUCAGCCAAAAAUCGAUAAUUUCCAGACCCUGACCUGAACUACGAUGACGUCAUCGAUCCCUUCCGCAACCUUCCGAUCCGCUUCAUCUAUUGUCCCAUGGAUUUCCGCCUCGAUUUCCUAGCCAUGCAAAAUUUAUUGAUUGAUGUCAAGCCGAAAUCAGUGAUUUGUCCGCCGCAAUAUUUGAAACCGAUUCAACCGGGAAGACCAGAUACAAUGUUGAUUUAUGGAUUGGUACGGCUGAAAAUGCUGAAAAUUUCAGAUUUUUGAACGAAAUUUCCAGGAAAAUCGAGAUUUUCAGCCCCAAAAAUGCUUCUUUUAGAGGUGUUUUUGCGUGAAAAUUGGGAUUUUUCUUGAAAUUUUGAAAAAAAUGGGCGUGGCUUAUUCUGAGCUACAAAAUGAGUAUAAAUAAGCCACGCCCAUUUUUCUGUAAAACUUGAAAUUCUGAAAUUCGUCUGAAAACCAUAGAAAACCCUGAUUUCCAGCUGAAAAUUAGGGGUUUCUAUGAUUUUCAGAGGAAUUUCAGCGGAGAUGCGGAAGCUAUGCCCAAAUUUUGACUGAAAUUCUGAAAUUCGUCUGAAAAUCAUAGAAAACCCUGAUUUCCAGCUGAAAAUCUUGGAAUCCAGGAUUUUUGGCUGAAAAUUAGGGAUUUCUAUGAUUUUCAGACGAAUUUCAGUGGAGAUGCGGAAGCUAUGCCCAAAUUUUCAAAUUAAAUUCUGAAAUUCGUCUGAAAAUCAUAGAAAACCCUGAUUUCCAGCUGAAAAUCUUGGAUUCCAGGAUUUUUGGCUGAAAAUUAGGGGUUUCUAUGAUUUUCAGGGGAAUUUCAGCGGAGAUGCGGAAGCUAUGCCCAAAUUUUCAGCUAUUUUUGGCUGAAAAUUUCAGAUUUUCAGCUCAAAAUCACAAAUUUUCCAGGGAAACAUCUAUCCAAUGUCCUACGACGAGCCAAUUCUUCUCUCAAAACUCACAAAAUCGAAAAAACCAAAAAUGAUCAAUGUGAAAAUUCAUCCGGAAAUUAUCAAAAAUCUGAAAUUCAAACAACAUCCAACGCAGAAAAAUCUGGCAAUUGCACCAAUUUCGUGCUAUUUAUCGUGUUAUGAUGAUGAUUUUCAAUUAGUUCCCGAAAGUCGAUCAGCACCGGUUGCUAGAAGAAAAUUUGGGAAAAUUAAUGUCGACAGGUUUAUGAGGGAUUUGAGAAAGGUAAAAUUGAUGAAAAAUGACCGAAAAUGGUAUUUUUAAGCCUAAAAUUCAUCAAAAUUCAAGAUUUUCAACCAAAAAUGCUUCUUUUAGAGGUGUUUUUGCUUGAAAGUUGGGAUUUUUGAUGAAUUUUAGCUGAAAAUGCUGAAAAUUAUUUGAAAUUCAUGAAAAAUCGAGAUUUUCAACCAAAAAUCCUUCUUUUAGAGGUGUUUUUGCUUGAAAGUUGGGAUUUUUGAUGAAUUUCAGCUGAAAAUACUGAAAAUUAACUGGAAUUCAUGAAAAAUCAAGAUUUUCAACCAAAAAUGCUUCUUUUAGAGGUGUUUUUGCUUGAAAGUUGGGAUUUUUGAUGAAUUUUAGCUGAAAAUGCUGAAAAUUAUUUGAAAUUCAUGAAAAAUCGAGAUUUUCAACCAAAAAUUCUUCUUUUAGAGGUGUUUUUGCUUGAAAGUUGGGAUUUUUGAUGAAUUUCAGCUGAAAAUGCUGAAAAUUAUCUGGAAUUCAUGAAAAAUCGAGAUUUUCAACCAAAAAUGCUUCUUUUAGAGGUGUUUUUGCUUGAAAGUUGGGAUUUUUGAUGAAUUUUGGCUGAAAAAUUUGAAAUUCUGAAAUUCCUCUGAAAAUCAUAGAAAACCCUAAUUUCCAGCCAGAAAUUUCAGGAUUUUUGGCUGGAAAUUGAGGUUUUCUAUGAUUUUCAGAGAAAUUUCAGUAGGACGCGGAAGCUAUGCCCAAAUUUUCAUCUGAAACUCUGAAAUUCGUCUGAAAAUCACAAAAAUUGCAGGAUUUUUGUGAUUUUCAGAGAAAUUUCAGUCGGACGCGGAAGCUAUGCCCAAAUUUUCGUUCUAGGGUAUUUUUGGCUGGAAUUUUCGGAUUUUCAGCCAAAAAUCAAUAAAUUUCAUUAUUUUUGAGCUCAAAAAUGCUCCAAAUUUUCAGAAAAAGCUGGAUUGCUCCGAAAUUCGCCACGAUUCCGAUUUCCACGUCAUCAAAGUUCAUUCGAACAUCGACGCCACAAUUACAGUAUCCGAAAACGGGCGAAAAAUCAAAAUCCAGGCUGGAAAUCAGGAAAAACGUCAGCAAAUUCAGGAUAUCUUGAAAUUGGGCCUAACUGAAGACGAUGGAAUUGUUGGACGCAAAUUUUGAGCUAAAUUUUGAAAUUUUUUUUUGAUAAACGGGUCAUUUUAAGCCAUUUUUUGCUGAAAAUUCGAGAUUUUCGGGUAUUUUUACCCUAAAUACCUUAAAAUUGGGGGUUUUAGGGUGAUUUUUACAGAUUUUCAGCCGAUUUUUGAUCCUGGAAAUGUGAAAAUGUCCAAGAGAUGGUUGACGAAUUUGACGAGAGGAGUACAGGUGAGAAAUUGGGCCUAGAAAGCCUGAAAAUGGCCCAGGAAGGCCAAAAAAUGGCCUAGAAGGCCUGAAAAUGGUCUAGAAAGUCUGAAAUAAGUUAGAAAGCCUAAAAAUUGGUUCCGGAAGGGUUUUAGACCAUUUCUAGGCAUUUAGGGCCUAAAAAUUCAGACUUUCUAUUGAAAAAUACAGUAAUCGACAGUAAUCUGCCUACAGUAACCCGGAAAAAUUCAAAUUCAAAAAUUUUCCCGCCAAAAAUUAUUUCCACGUGACCCAAAUUUUUUUUUCGCAAAAAAAAAUUUUUCAAAAAUUUUCCCAGUCUCUCAUUUCUGAAUUUUCGAAAAAUCCAAAUAUGGAACAAUUUUUUAAUGGAAAAAAAGUAAGUACAGUAAUCCUACAGUAUCCCAUAUUUCUUCUGAAAAUUUUUUAAAUUUAUCUACAGUACUCUAAGCUACAGUACUCCCCAGAAAAUCCAGAAAAAAUUAUCGAUUUUUUGUCAGCUCUGGAAUUUCUUCUGGAAAACAUCUACAGUACAGUAAUCCUACAGUACCCCCCCAUUUUUUCUGAAUAUUUUUAAGGCUAUCUACAGUACUUUCAUCUACAGUACUCUUAGCUACAGUACUCCCCAGAAAAAUCCAGAAGAAAUUAUCGAUUUUUUAUCUUCUUCUCUGAAAUUUCUUCUAAAAGUAUGGAGCUUAUCUACUGUACCUUUUUGGUGGGUACUGUAGAUUACUGUAGCUGAGACACACCUGACGAGACGUGUCCAAAAUGGACACUGUACAUUUUUUUCAAAAGUCACACUGCAUUUUUUUUCGAAAAAAAACUUUGUUUCCUUUUCAUCACCAUUUAACUUGGGGAAAUAAAUGCACAUUUAGUUCAGUGGUAGGCCAUUUUGCUAGUGUUCAGAAAGCCCAGGUUCGAAUCUUCAUUCGAGCUAACUUUUUUUUUAUUUUUUCCCAACUUCAAAAACAACUUCAGCUUGCGAAUUUUUUGAAGUUUCUCGGUGAAAAUCAACUCAGCAGACUUUGUUUCAGUGUGGUAACAUAAUGUGCAGUGUGGAAUUCACGUGACUGCUUAGCAAACCAUAGUGUCACUGAAAUUUCAAAAAAAAUGACUUUCUAUGAAAAAACUUCAAAUUCCACACUGCACAUGGGUAAAUUCAAAAACUACGCCUAAAAAUACACCAACUUUCUGAAUAUACCAACUCUUGAUAUGUGCUCGGAAAAAAAUGCCGUCCGAUUCUUUGUAAUGUCCAUAUUUACCAUUGAAAUGGACACUCCAAAAUAACAGCAAAAUAGGGCAUUUCCACACUGCACUCAUGGUGUUCCACACUGCCUAUGACCUUAGAAAUCUAUUGGAAAAAAAAUCAACCAUAUCCGUUAAGCCUAAGCUUAGUUAUCCUAACUUCAAAUUUUGAGCAACGUUGCAACGCAUUCGUUUGAAAACAGUUUCCUUUCCACCAACAUUUCCCCAUCGGGAGAGAAGAGAGAUGUGGCCGAGAGGAUAGCAUUUUAGACUAGCGAGCAUGAGACCAGGGUUCGAAUCCUCCUGCCCGCGGACUUUUUUUCGAAAAACUUGAAAAUUUCACGCUGCACAUUUUUUUUUGAAAAAAAUUUUCACACUGCACAAAAAAUUUGGGACACUCUCUCGUCAGGUGUGAGCUGAGAGUACUGUAGAUAAUAUUUAAUUUUCAAAAAAUAAUGUUCAGACGAAGUUUCUGAACUGAAAAAUUGAUACAAUUUUUAGGGGUACUGUGGGAUUACUGUAGCUGAGAUUUUUUGAUCUACAGUACCCCUACAGUACCCCCAGACCCAAAAAUUAUCGAUUUUUUCCCAUUUUUCAGCUUCAAAGUUAUCAAAUUUUCAGAAAAAUACAAAAUUUGGUUCUAAAGACCUGAUUUUCUCAAAUUUUCAGUACAAAAAGUUCUACAGUACCCCUACAGUACCCCCAGACCUCAAAAAUUAUCGAUUUUUCCACAUUUUCAGCCUCAAAUCAGCUCUCAUGCUCCUCCAAUCCCAUCAACUUCAAAUCUAAUAUCAAAUCACCGUAUUUUCGACCCGGAAAUCGAGGAAUGGCACAAAAAAGCUGCGAAAUUCGAGGAUUCUGCUGAAAAUCUGGCUGAAAAUGUUGAAAACACGGAACCAGCGGAGAAAAUCGAGAAGAAAUUGCGAAAAAACGAGAUUUGUGAGGAGAAUCGCACUGAUGGACAUGCUCCCAUCAAAUGGGCUCUUGGUAAGAGUUUUUGGGCUGAAAAUUGCUGGAAUUUUGGAUUUUUAAGCUGAAAUUUGAAAAGUUUGAUUAAAAAUAACCUAAAAUUCAGUUUUUCUAUAGUGGAAAGAGGGAAAAUCCUGUUUUCUGGCCAAAAUUCUUGAUUUCUGACCAGAAAUCUUGUUUUUUUCUGACCAGAAAUCUUGGCGUGGCUUAUUUGGUAUCGAAAAAUCGAAUUUUUCAUGAUCUACAUCAUGUUUGGUGUCAAAAUUCAUCAAAAAUCUCAAAUUUGA